UACGUCUCCACUUUGCUGUAGUAAAUUACGGCAUUGAUCUUAACAGCGAGUGCGGAUCUGUCUCUUGUGUUCGCCCUUUCUUCGACGGACCGGCUUGGAGAAACGCUCGACAGAGAAGUAACUCCUCUCACCCUGCGUGUGUCUGUGAGGACUCCUGGACAUGUCCGUUUAGCCCCCCUGCGUGAUGCCUGAUCAUGACAGCACCACCCUCCUAACCAGACAGACCAAGCGCCGACGUGUCGACAUUGGGGUGAAAAGGACUGUGGGUAGCGGGAUAUUCAGCCGCGCCAGGGAGACCCUUCUCGACAGCAUGAAUCAAUCGCACGGCAUCGAUCAGGAUGGAGACUGCUCAUUGGCCAGUCAUGGCCAUGGGGGUACAGACGGAGAAAAGUCGAAUGUUUUGAGGAAGUUGCUGAAGAGGGCCAACUCGUACGAAGAUGCCAUAAUGCCUUUCCCCGGCGCUACUAUCAUCUCUCAGCUACUGAAAAAUAACAUGGGAAAGAAUGGAGGCAGUGACUCAGGCUUCCAGGGGAGUGGAGCUCUGUCCAGUGGAGGCUCAGAGAUUCAGGCCGAGGACGCCUGCAGCAACUCAUCCCGUGACAGGGACAGCCCCUCUGACUGCCUCUCUCCUGGGCCUCCUCUUCCACCUCCACCUUCCUCAUCCUCUUUCGGGCGGCCACCACCUCCUUCGAACCAUAACCCCCACAUUCCACCUCAGCCCCUCUCCCUCUCCUCCUUUGACUUGGACAGGCUUUCAGAUGAGCACCUUCGUGCCAAGCGUGCCCGCGUGGAAAACAUCAUCCGCGGCAUGAGUCAUUCACCACUGGUCCGGCCCAACGCCGGUGACCACAACCAAGAAAGCAACCGCGAUAACGAGAACAGCAGCAACAGCAGUAAUGACCACCGAGUAGACGGCAACAGCCACAGUAUCAGCAGCCAUGACCACAGGCGGAGCGAUGGCCCUUCUUCCCUUCUGAGCUCUCCGGGUUCGCGGGGCGGCGUGGUUGGCGUUGGUGAGGUUUACAGGGAGAAUAAGAGGAAGCAGCGCCUGCCACAGCAGCAACACAGCUUCACCCAGCUGGUGUGUUCCAGGCAGGAACAGAGACAAGAAGAGCGGCGGCAGCUCAAACUGCAACUGGAGGACAUGCAGAAACAGCUGCGUCAACUUCAGGAAAAGUUUUACCAGAUCUACGACUCAGAGACAGAAGAAGAGGAAGAGAACGGUGAGAGCGCAGAGGCUGACCGAGGUAGAGAAAGAGAGGAGGAUGGCAACUUGUCAGAGGACAGUAUCCGCUCUGAUGGCUUGGAGGAGAGGCAUAGAGACAGAGGGCGGCAUAGCCACAACGACCUGUCUGACCUGGACCCAGGCCUGUUCCUGGACCGGGCCCGAGCACUCCUCCGAGAACAGGCCCUGAUAGAUGGAGAAAUGGAGGAGGAUGGCAGGGAGGAGGAGGGGAGGAAUGGAGAAAGAGUGACGAAGAGAAGAGGAGGAGCAGCAGGAGGAGGGGGAGGAGGAGGAAGGCAGUUAGCAGAGACACUGAAGCAGGAGCUGAACUGUGCCGUGUCGCAGGUCGUCGACACCGUUGUCAAAGGCUUCUCCUCACCCAAGCAGGCCAUCAGUCACCAUCACAGCUGUCACAGCAGCACACCGGCUGCACCCUCAUCUUCCUCUAACUCGUCCUCUUCAUGUCCUCCGCCUUUUGGUCCCCUUCCCUCCCUCACCCCAGAGUCACGCUUUGGUGGUGGCGCUCUGGCCCUCAGUCUGAACGGCGACGGCAGUCCCACACCUAACUACCACUCAUCCAACCAGAGGCUGCACUGCUUUGGCGAUGUAAUCGUCCCAAGCCCGCUGGAUUCCUUCGGUGGUUUGAGUGGCAGACUGAGUGGUGUGCCAACUCCCAACGACCAGACAGAGGCGCUGCCUCUGGUGGUGCGCAAGAGCAGUGGAGGAGGUGGAGGAGAGAACAACAACCUCUCUUCCUCUCUUCCUCCUCCUCCUCCUCACCAUCCCUCCCUCCACCCCUCUCCCCUCACAGCUUCACUUGGGUUUAGCCCUCCAUCCUUUCGCCACCCAUUUCCUCUUCCCCUUAUGGGUUACACCUUUCAGAACCCCCUGGGGUCACACGGGGUUGGAGCUGGCUACCCUCCAGGGCCCAAAGACCACCACCGGUCCUCCCCCGAUUCCAUGGACAUGACCCGGGAAACUGUCAGCCUCAGAACCAAAAUGGCAUCUCUUGGAGGAGGCCAUCUCAGUCACCACCACCACCACCACCACCACCACAGGCAGAGCUCACCAAGCCAACAUGGACCGGAGGGUCUCUCCCUGUCCCUAAUCAAGUCUGAGUGUGGGGACCUGCAAGACAUGUCCGACAUUUCGCCCUACUCCAGCAGCACUAUUCAGGAGGGCUUGUCUCCCAACCACCUGAAGAAGGCCAAGCUGAUGUUCUUCUAUACACGCUACCCUUCCUCCAACAUGCUCAAAAUGUUCUUCUCCGACGUGAAGUUUAAUCGAUGCAUAACCUCCCAGCUGAUCAAGUGGUUCAGCAACUUCAGGGAGUUCUACUACAUCCAGAUGGAGAAGUUCGCCCGGCAGUCCAUCAACGAGGGUGUGACCGCCGCAGAGGAGCUGGUGGUCGGCCGCGAUGCCGAGCUCUUUAGGGCGCUCAACAUGCACUACAACAAGGCCAACGACUUUGAGGUUCCUGAACGAUUUCUGGAGGUGGCCCAGGUGACUCUUCGCGAGUUCUUCAAUGCCAUCGUGGCAGGAAAGGAUGCAGACCCAUCCUGGAAGAAGGCCAUCUACAAGGUGAUCUGCAAACUGGACAGCGAGGUUCCUGAGGUCUUCAAAUCCCCCAACUGUCUACAAGAACUCCUCCACGACUGACUAGGACGAGAGAGGAAAUUUGGCAAGCAAGACAAACCUCCAAGGACCGUGAGAAGGCCAUAAGAAAACGCAGAAUUAGACUAGGUUGAGGUCUUUAGUGAAAUGCGUUUGGAGGUCUUCAUAACACGAUGUAGAGACUUGAAGUGAUUCUACUUGGAGGCUUCCAGAGAGCUUUGUUGGUGGAUGCUUUUGCUCAGCCCUUCUUUCAAAGACAAAACUGCCCUUAAAAUGUUUUAUAAAGAAAAAAAAUAUUCCUCUUCCAUGGGGGAGAGGGCUCGGACUCAUGAGUCAGAUGACACUCAAAUUAGAUAAUUAUGUUGAGACUUUUAUCAAUUAGAAGCAAAACGGUGAAAAUUGAACCUCCUUGCACUUACAGAAAAACUACUUCUUGACGAAAACCCCCUCUCCUCUUUCUCCUCCACCUCGUCAACUAUUCAUCCUUCUCUGGAGGAACAAUGGGAUGAGGAAGAUGAUGGAUCAAUAUUCAGCCCAUACCUUGGGGAGUGAACUAAAAAUAAAGAAGAUAAUAUAUAAAAAUCUUUUUAUUGUGGAUGUUUUUAAGUUACAUGGACAUUUUUGGGAAAAAAGUGAUGUUUCUGUAUUUUUCUCCUUUGUAUAAGCUUACAGCCUCUCUUCUAUGAACCCUCAUUCAUUCACAUAGUUACACGUGCACACACAACAAAACAAAAAACGCACACUUAAACACAAACACACACACACACACACACACCUCUUGAAUAGGAAAGCACAGUAGCAUUCCCAAAUCCCGACCCAUACCUAGACAAACUGGGCAUAAACAAUAGCUGUUCAUUUCCUUCUUUUUACUUCUCCCUCUUCUUACUGUACUGAAAUGUACUGGGUGUUUCUUUGACUGUGUGGCUCUCCCUGCCCCACUCUUCCCUGGCCGCCUCUCUUGGCUCAUGUUGCAUUCAGGCACCCAAAGCAUCGAAGACAAAUUCAACCCAUUUUAACAAUAUUAGAAAAAGAGUUAGUCCAAACCUGACACAAACUGUAUGGAAAUUUAUUUUAAGAUGUCAUGAACCAGAAUCAUGAUUUUUUUUUUUUUUUUACAUAAACACAUUGAGACAUGUUUUAUAAGGAAGCCUUAAAUUUUGCUAUGUAAGAUUUGUGACAAAGUUAUGUACUGAGCAGGAUAUUUCAUAGUUGAAAAAUAGACUUAAUUGUCAGUGCUUUCUGGUGGACAAACUGUGUAAUGCACACUCUUUAUUAAUUUACCUCUUUUUUUUGAAUUUCUGUAGUGUAAUUUCUGGCGAAAUACACCAGUAUCUAUAUAUCUGUCAUAAGCUAAUCUCGGGUUCAACUACCAUUGGUUUAUUUACAAUAUUUUCAAAACACAGAUGCUAUAAAGUGGAUUUACUGUAUGUAAGUCAUUGCUGUAAUAGUGUUGCUUAAUUUUGUAAUGAUUAUCAGGACCCAAACUGUUUCAUUCCAGUUUCAUGUGGUUUGUAGAUCACUCUCUAAGCAUCAUUCCCACAGGACAGGCUAACUUUUGGCGAUACGCACUUCACAGUGCAUCUUUUAAGUAUUGAUUUGACUCAAACACUUGUGUAGAGAUUUAUAACACUUUUAAAAACACUGAAGACUAACUGUUGUACAAUCAGACGUUAUCAAAAUUGAGAAAAUCCCCAAUUUUAAACCCCCUUUUAUGCUAAGAACCUUGAAACUGGAAAUCACAAAAAGUAACCAAACCACCACUGAAAAAAAAAUCUCUUUGCUCUGGAUGGCCAAGAGGGGCAGCUGCACCGGCCAGGUCAUGUGUGAAGUGUUUAAGGUUUUAACAGCAGAAAAAAAAAAAAAUAGAUAUACAACAAAAUGCUGAUAUUUGUAGCUUGUAUAGAUGUAAUAAUUACUCUGAUCACUCUGAUAUUGUUAUUAUUUAUA